UACAAUUCAUUUGAAAUUUUGCAAAGUGCGCUUCGAUCAUGAGCACACGUUUAGUGCGUCAUUUUUGACAAUUUUGACACUGUCAGGGGUCGAAGUGUUUAUUCCGAUCAGAUUUUUUGCUACAAGUGUUCCUCAGUGCAUGAGAUUUCACAAAUUAAAGGAUGAAUUCAAUACUCAACACUUUAUUAAUAAAGACUCAACAUAUAUUGUUAAGUUCCCAAAAUAAUAAUGUUUACGGUGUGAGAAAAGAACACUCAGACUCCUCAAAAUAUGCUGGUACAGGUCACAGGGUUAACAAUUUGGAAAAGAAAUUUUUAGUAUGGACUGGUAAAUACAAGACUGUUGAGGAAGUGCCUGCUUAUGUAGCGCAAAAUGUUGUGGAACGGGCUAGGAAUAGAAUGCGUAUCAGGAUCGCCAAUUACAUGAUGGCUGCAACAGCUUUAGCGUGUCUUGGUAUGGUUUAUUUGGGCAAACAAGCAGCACAAAGGGGUGAAAGUGUCGCCCAACAAAAUAUCGAAUGGCAUCGCCGUUUUAAUGAGGAUACCAAGAAGGAACAGUAGACUUUUUGUGAUUGUACAUAUUUAGACUAGGAUUUAUGAUAUUUAAAUGCCUCUUGUAAAAUAUGGCUAUGGAAUAAAUAGAGUAUUGUUAUAUUCAUUUUAAGCCAAUAAAAGUGGUUGCAAACUUU